CGAAACUUGUGUCCUGGAUUCCACUACUAAGCACUAUCGACCUAUGAUUCGUAUUAAGAUGAAUCGAAUUGAAAUUAUUAUCUAAGUAUAACUAUUGUACUUCCCUGUUUUCUUUUUUCUUCUUUCAUAGCAUAUAUUACAACGUUUUGCAUCGGAUCAAAUGAUUGAUUGGAAAGAUUAUAAUAUUCAUACUGUAGCAACAGUUGCUAAACGUGUAUUAUUUAAUAUACCAAAUGGUUUAAUUGGUUUAAAAGGUGAAAAACAACUAUUACGUACUGCUUUAUUAACACAACAACCAUUAAAUGAUAAUAAUCAAUUAAAAACAAUAUGUAAAACAUCUAUAAUACAUCAUCAUGAUACAUUUAAUUUAGAAAUUGAUAAUAAUACAGAGAAUUUACUCUUAGAAUUAGCUGAAUCAACAAAUACUUCACCAUUAAUAUCUGUAUUAAUGAAACAAAUUUAAAUGAUAAUAACAAGAAUGUAUAUUAUACAAAUAAAGAAUAUACAGAACAAUUCAAUGAUGUAAUAAGACGUGCUAUCGUUAUUACAAAUAUUGAUACAACUCAACAAUCUAAUACGGUGAAUUUAUUAUUUUCAUAUGGUUCAAUAAAACAAAUCUAUCAAUUAACUCCAGUGGAUAUAGAACGUGUACAAGUUUUUCAAAAUAUACUUAAAGAUUUAACUAUAGCACAUCGUCAACUAACUAUAAUGAUAUUUGGUAUAUUACAUCAACUUGUAUUCAAUAUGGCAUUUAAUACAGCUAAUCAAAAUCAUGGAUUAGAAAAUGAUAAUGAUGAAUUACCUAAUAUUCCAUUACUUAAAUUAGCUGAAGGAGUUGUAAAAUCAGUUGCUGGUUCAAUGUUUCAUUCAUGUGCAUCAUCAAUAUUGUUAAUAAAUCAAACAACACAAGUACUUCAAUCACUUGUCAUUUGUUUCCCUGUUGUGGAUAAACAAUUUACACAAUUCUAUUGGGAUAUAUUAGAUAAUCGUUAUAAAUUAAAAAAUCAAAAUCAAAUCAUUUUCCUGGUGUAAAAAUGAACAUUACAAAAUCGAGUAACACUACACGUUCAGAAUCUUGUUCAUUUAUGAUUUAUCCUAAAUCAGCUUAUUCAACUCGUUUAAUAAAUGCUGCUGGACGUCUUUUCUGUUUAAAGAAUUCUAGUCCCACUAAUACUACCGUUAAUAGUAAGUAUAAUGUCAAUGAUGUACAAACAUCACCGCCAACAUCAAUUACAUCAUCAGUUAAAUAUUUUUGUUUCCCAUUAAAAGAUUCAACACGUCAAUUACAUAAAUCAAAACAAUAUUUAUCAAUAAAUCGUGAAGCAUCCAUAGAGUCAUCAUUCUAUCAAAAUACCAAUGAAACUAAUAAUCAAAAUAAACAGACAGAAACAAUCAUUGAUCAACCUGUUGAUGUAUCACUUGUAUCGUUCACGGAUUCAUCAGAAUGUAACAAAAGAACUAAAUGUAAAGAUGUAAAGUUUUCAUCAUAUUCUAAAGUCAAUGUACAUAAUGAAUUUGAUAAUCAUAUAACAAAUGAAAUGAAUACAAAUUUCUAUUCUAAUCCUAUCAGUCUUCGACGUAAUCAAUCGCGUUAUCGUUCAUUACGUCGUAGACAAAUGGAAAACUUAACAAAACGUGCUGAAUGGUUUUUACAACCAACUAUAUUACCUAAAUUAACAUUUACAUUAAAUCAAUUCAAUAAUAAUAAUGAUACAAAUACAACUAUGUCUACAAUUUCAUUAUUAAAUAUACAAGAUAAAAUGAAUAAUACAAUGACAAAUCAUAAUUCUAAUAUGAUACAAGUUAUUCAUCCAAGAAUAUUAUUCACCUCAUCAACAAGUGAUUUAUUGAUUCCAUCAAAUUAUGACCACCUAGAUACAACAUAUUGUCGUCAACCCUAUGAUGAAACAUUAUUAGAUCGUCAAAAAAUCAAUCCAACUCAUUUAUAUCCAUCCUACAAUUAUGGUCAUAGUUUUAAUAGUUUAUUAAAUCAUUCAUUAUUGUCAACAACAUCAUCACCAUCAUCUAAUUAUUAUGUUAUAUCACAAUCGAAUCAAUUAUAUUCAUCUCAAUUAAAUCAACAAAAUCAUACAAUCAAUUCAUUACUUAUACCGAAUUUAUCAUCAGAAGAGAAUAAUACUUCAACUCAUUCAUUUCUAUAUUAUAAUAUACCUAAAUAUUCAUUAUCAUAUCAUCAUGAUUAUGAUCAUAUCAAUAAACAUGAUCGUUUACAAUCAACAAGUUAUGAUAAUUUUCAUAUUCUAUCCUAUUCAUCUAAUCAUAAUAUACAUGAAAAUAAUAAUAUCAAUCUAAUAGAUAAUUGUAAUAUAACACCUACUAAUAUAUCUUCUAUAUCGAAUACAAAUUAUACUAAUUCAACAAAUCUUUCAUUCAAUGUUAAAAAUGAAUUAUGUCAUAAUAAUAAUAAUAAAUUAACAUCAUCUAUCUCAGGUUUAGAUAUUAUUAAAAAAUCAAAUAUGAUUUAUUCUGAUUGGUCCAUUGAUCGACCAAUCAAAAAUGAACUUUUAAAUCGUUAUCGUCCACGUAGUCAUAGUAUUAGUAAUAAUAGUAGUAGUAGUCGUCAUAGUAAUAAUGUAACUAAAUUAAAAUAAUCUAAAAUAAUACCAUCAUAAAAUGAAUUUAAUAAUAAAUAGAUAAAUACAAAAUAUAAAUUAUAAACUAGUUAAUUGUUUUUUUCUCUUUAUUCAUUUAUUUUAUUGUUUAGUUACUUUUUGUAUACAAAUAGAAUAAACAUUAUUGUCCUAGUGAAUAGUAUGUUAAUGUUUUAACAAUCAAAGACCUGUCUCUCUAUCUCGUUCUUUGAACUUUGUUGAUUUCGUUUAAAAUCUAAUCUAUUAUUGAAAUGUGUUAUACCUUAUGAUCAU